AUGGCUGCUAGUCCCGCGGGUAGCGAGCCCAUCACCAUGGGCGGAUACGCAGAUCUGCCACCCGAACAGCGCCCAGGCUAUGCCCAACACCAUGCCCAACACCAUGCCGCCUCGCCAGGAGGAGAUCCGCGAUCUUCCAGCGGACCAAACGUCCAAUAUUCGCACCAGGGACACGUCCAAUAUUCGGCAGGACAAUACAACUACUCUACUACACCCGCAAGCGUGAGCCAGGCUGGACCUGUGCGAGCGCCGUCACAAUCAGGUGGCUUCCAGUACGCAUCGGCACCGCAAAACAUAACGUUCACGGCCAAGCCAGUCGUACCUACGAAACCUCCCCCGCCCGUGAGACACACAUCGCAACCAUCGAGCCCACCAUACCCUGCCCAAUACGCGAUGCCGCAAGCUCCACAUCCAAACUCCGCAGCGCAACAAGGAGCGUAUCCUGCUGCCCCGAUGCCGCCUCCGCCAAUGGGGCGGCACUCCCCGCAAACCGGCCACCAAAGGUCGGCAUCGCAUGCAGGACCUCCAACAUCUUAUGGAGGACAUCAAGUGGUAGAGAUGGUUCCAGGCGGAGCUAUACCAGGAGGCGGCAAAGCACCAGGUGGGCGACCUCACAGCUUGUCAGUGAGUGGAGGAGCGCCAGGAGGAUUGAACCAGCGCAUGGACAGGCUGUCAGUGAGUGGAAACAGGCCGGAUAUUCAGACGAUUGUGCCAGGAGCGUUUCCCGGGGGAAUGCCACCACCGAGUCCGUUGCUGGAAGCGUACCACGGUACAUAUCAGUCGAUAUCACCCAUGCCGCAUGCUAUGAUGAUGGACGAUGAUCUGGACCACCUGCAGCCCUUGGAUAGCCUGUCCCCGCGAGGAUCUAGCGCGUCCUUUCACGGAGGACAUCGAAGGGCGCACUCUUCUUCCAAGCGCUCACCGAGCCCAGCACGAAAAUCAAAACACAAGGAUAAACUCGCGCUAGAAGCCUAUGGGAAUGUGCGCGAUGACCGCGAUCGUAGUCGGGACGGCAGGAGUGACAAAGAAAAGAGGAGAGUCAAGAUAUACGACGCGGAAGAAGAUGCGCUCGCACUUGUCGACGCCCUGAACGGGCGAAACAUCGACUUCGAUACCAUUAUUGACAUCCUCCCCGCCCUCUCGCAUGACCAAAUGCUCGAGCUGCGCAACGAGUACAAGCGCCACUGCAAGGUGCAAGGCCGCGGCAUCAACAUUGCAAAACACAUCAAGCUCAAGACGACUGGUAACUUUGGAAAGAUCGCGUAUGUGACCGCGCUUGGGAGGUACGAGAGCGAGGGCUAUUGGGCAAAUUACUGGUACCAGUCCGGAAACGCAAGAAGGGAACUCCUUAUUGAAGCGCUAAUGGGAAGACAAAAUUACGAGAUCAGAGAGAUCAAGGACGCGUUCAAGGAUAAGCGCUAUGGUGAUAGCCUAACGAAGUGCAUGGACAAAGAACUCAAGGCGGAUAAGUUCAGAAAAGCCAUCUUGAUGGCGCUGGAGGGGGAGAGACAGGAAGAAAGCGAUGUGUGGCCAGUCGAUUACCGCAACCGUGACGUGGACACAUUAUACAAAGCGCUGAAAGCAAGAGAAGGAGGCGAGACCGCGAUGUUGGGUGUUGUGGUUAUGAGGAGCGACAGCCAUUUGAGGGAGGUGCUGAGGACGUAUGAGCGGAAGUAUCAGGGCAACUUUGCACGCGAUGCGCUGAGGAAGAGUAACAACCUCGUUGGCGAAGUCGUUGCGCACAUACUAAACGGCGUCAUCAACCGCCCCUCCCGCGACGCUAUGCUUCUGCACCACGCCCUCAUGGACUUGAUUGAAUCUCCUCAAGACCCUCCACGAGGUUCAUCAGCGAAAGUAGCGUCUGCAAGUAAGCACGAGAAGCAGCAGCGAUUCGAGCUCCUCAUCUCGAGACUGGUGCGAUUGCACUGGGAUCGCAUGCACCUGCAGCGCGUCAAGAUGGAGUACGAUGAAAAGUACGGACGAGUAGUAGAGGAAGACAUCGAGGAGGCGACAAAGGGUGACUUCAGGGAAUUUUGUAUCCAGCUUUGCCAGACAGGAAGAUGA